UCCCUGCCCCGCAGAAGAUGGGUGAACUGCCCUUAGAUAUCAACAUCCAGGAGCCUCGCUGGGACCAAAGCACGUUCCUGGGCCGAGCCCGGCACUUUUUCACUGUCACGGAUCCCCGGAAUCUGCUGCUGUCUGGGGCCCAGCUGGAAGCCUCUCGGACCAUCGUGCAGAACUACAGGGCCGGCGUGGUGACCCCAGGGCUCACCGAAGACCAGCUCUGGCGGGCCAAGUAUGUGUACGACUCAGCCUUCCACCCGGACACGGGGGAGAAGGUGGUCCUGAUUGGCCGCAUGUCGGCCCAGGUGCCCAUGAACAUGACCAUCACAGGCUGCAUGCUCACCUUCUACAGGAGGACCCCCACCGUGGUGUUCUGGCAGUGGGUGAACCAGUCCUUCAAUGCCAUCGUUAACUACUCCAACCGCAGUGGUGACGCGCCCAUCACCGUGAGGCAGCUGGGGACAGCCUACGUGAGUGCCACCACUGGCGCUGUGGCCACGGCCCUGGGACUCAAGUCCCUCACCAAGCACCUGCCUGCCUUGGUGGGCCGAUUCGUGCCCUUUGCAGCCGUGGCAGCGGCCAACUGUAUCAACAUCCCCCUGAUGAGGCAGAGGGAGCUGCAGGUGGGCAUCCCGGUGACGGACGAGGCGGGGCAGAGGCUCGGCCACUCGGUGACUGCAGCCAAGCAGGGCAUCUUCCAGGUGGUGGUCUCCAGGAUCUGCAUGGCGAUUCCUGCCAUGGCCAUCCCCCCGCUGAUCAUGGACAGGCUGGAGAAGAGAGACUUCCUGAAGCGCCGCCCCUGGCUGGGGGCGCCCCUGCAGGUGGGCCUGGUGGGCUUCUGCCUGGUGUUUGCCACGCCCCUGUGCUGUGCCCUGUUCCCGCAGAGGAGCUCCCUACCCGUGAGCAGGCUGGAGCCGGUGCUGAGUGCUCAGAUCCGUGAGCACGACGCCAGCCUCCAGGUGGUCUACUACAACAAGGGCCUCUGAGCAAGACCAGCCUCGUCCUCCCUCGCCUCUGUGGGCUGCAGCUCUGGUGAGGCCUGUCAUCACUGCCACCUGCCACCCGCCUGGUACUGGGCAGGGGCCUGGUGGGCAGACGGCCAUGAAGGCAGCUGACUGUCAGGCGGGGGAGGCCCCCAACCCCGGCCUCUCCCUCUUCUCUCUGCUGUCAAAGAGCCGGGUUCCACAGCCCCUUGCUCCUUGCCUCGGCGUUGAGGCAGACACACCCGUGCGUGCGUGUGCACCUGUGUGUGCGCCCGAGUGCGUAACCCCACCCUGAAGGCUCAGGGCCAUGGGCUGUCCUGGGGUGCUCUGAUAUCCAACUUCCCCUCUCAGCCUCCUGUUCCCCGCCAGCCGGCCAGACCCCAGGUGGGACGUCCUUUCCUAAACCGCACCACCAGCUACGUGACUGCCGACAGCACCUGUCCCCUUCUGGACAUGGGGGAGCCCCAGGGCCUCAGGGCAGAGACUUGGAGACACCAGCACGCCAGUGGCGGAGGGCUCUGGGUUCCUGAUGCCUGGUGUCCGCCCCGGGCUCGGGACUGGGCAGCCGAGAAGACAUGUCGGGAUUAGGGGGCAGAGGGCUUGGUGUCCCUCGGAGCUGCCCCACCUGGGCUCGCUCCAGCCCACCACCUCUUCUCUGCCAGACAGGAGGAACGGGUCCUGCUGCCCGUGGGCCAGGCCCAGCCUUGGGUGUCCUGGGUCUGUUCUGACACCAGGACCUCAGAUACAAAAGCUACAAUCCCAGCCCUGCCCCCAGUCAGAAAAGCCUCAGAGGCAGAGGCAGCCCUCGCCGAGAGCGCCCACCACGGGCUGAGGUGGGGGCGUGGUCAGCUGGGGAGGGUGCUCGCACUUCAUGUACACCCGGUGGCUGUGACCGGGACACCCCAAAGGUGACGAGGCCCCGGGCUGCACAGUCUUAAAACAGGGAAUCUGGCGUCCACUGACCCUCAGGUGUUCAGCAAAGUCUCCGCCUUGGUGCCCCUUUCCCGAGGCUUGGUCCUGCCCGCCCCGCCCCAGCCCAGGAAAAGGAAGGGCCCCCACCAGCGGCUGGCCCCGUGGAGGCUGGACUCGCGGAUGGAGAGGGUGGUGGCAAAGCCGCAGGGUGCCAUCAGAUGCUCUCACGCUUGUGAGCCCCACCGGGCGUGGGGGCGGGCAGGUGGGGCCUGCAGGCUCCUCCCAGGGAAACUCCAUGCUCCUCCCAGGCACCCACCCCAUGAAAACAGCUAUAAAGCUAUCGCUGCUCAAUAAACCGCAGACCUGUCUACUU